CUGUCUGUGUGUCUGUCCCUCUCUGUGUCUCUGUUGGUGUUGGCUGAACACUGGCUCCUGGUUUGAGAGCCGGGGAUGGGGAGCCAGGCGUGGGCUUCAGUUCUGGAUAUUCUUUUAAUGUUGAGCCUUUGAGGCGUUGCCGAGGAGAGUGUUGAGGAUCUGGAGAAAGAGAGGUCUGUGUGGCUUGUGAGGAUGCUCGGUGGUGUUUAUUGACUGUAGUUGAACCAGCUAGACCAAGCAGCGGAGGCAGCUCACACCUUCUUCGUAGCCAAUCCCGAGCACGUGGAGAUGGGGCAGAGCCUGGAGCAAUACCGGCAGCUCAGCGGGGUCCAGCCGGCACACUUCAUCGACCGUGAGGCCAGGCCACACAUGGAGGCAUUCAUGGUGGGGAUGAUGCACUAUGACACGGACAGCUACACGGCUGCCAUCGAGGGCUUUGAGCGGGCGCUGGAGCUGUACUGGGUGUCGGAGUCCGAGUGCCGUGCCCUGUGCCAGGGACCCCAGAGACUGGAUGGCUACGGUUACCUGGAAUAUUCACCACAUCUGUACGAGGUCAUCGCGGAUCACUACGGGCAGGUUCUCCGCUGUCAGCAUGAAUGUGGCCGGGAUCUGGCCACUCGCCCUGGACGCCUCUCGCCCAUCGAUAACUACCUGCCCUCACACCUGGACUUCCUGCAGUACUCCUACUACCAGGUGGGAGACCACACGCGGGCACUGGAGGCCGUUCACUCGUAUCUUCUCUUCCACCCGGGGGACGAGGCCAUGGAGGAGAACCUGUAUUAUUACAGCAGCCACCGCCACGAUCCCCCCAUCUCCCCCCGACCCGACGUGCUCAGGUACAUGGAGAGAUACCAGGCUGAGAAGCAGCUACUCACGUCCCACAGUCAGGAACUCGGAGCCUUGUACAUCGAUCCUAAUCACUGGAUCAGCCCCAUGUCACAGCAUCAGGAAAUGCCAACUGUGAGCAGGCCGGGCAGUGAGGAGGGGGUGACAGAGGUCAGGAACAGCCUGGACGGACGGAAGAGACCGGCCGAGAAGCACGAGAAUUUCAAAGAAG